AUUGGUCUACUGAAUAGGUUGCAAGGUUCACCAAUAUGGACGUGGGUAGGAGGAAAGCCUCCAAAUUGAAAUUAACCAUAAUGUAAUUUGUGCUGUAUAACAGGAUAAUUUACGGAAAAGAUGCUGUCGUUAGAUGAGGGAUGGAAGUGGCCAGCACUAGCUCUGUUUCUGUUUCUGGUGACGUUUGGUUCUGUGGGUCUCCUGAGUCUGGGCUAUGUCCUCUGUAUUCUAUGUGGAGGAUUGGUUAUGACCCUGUAUUAUGGCAGGCAACUCUCACAGAUAGCUCUAACGAUUGAGCUACCAGAUCUACCGAGAUCUAAACCAGGGAUACUCACAGUUGCAAACAAGAUGGAGUCUUCUCCCAGAGGGAAGAACUUCGACAGACGUAUGACUGGUGCCAGUGUUAUAGACGAAGCUCUUCACGAGGUUCUUACGUACGCCAUCAGAGAUUAUAUCAAGUCGUGGUACCGGCAGGUUUCUGACCACGAUGGAUUUGUACUGGACAUUAGACAAUGUGUUCAGAAGCUCACUAUCACAUUCGCAUCCAGAACAAAGGACGUAGACUGGAUGCCAUUUUUCUCUCAGAGACUCGUGGAUGACUUCGCAUCUCAUCUGCGGUUAUACAGACGAGCCCGGGAGCAUGCAGCAGUACCCCAAACGGAUGAAACUUACGCCGAGCGAGUGAAGUCCGCAUUCUUUGAUUUAGAGGUUGCUAUGGAGAAGGACAAAUGUCGAGAUUUGGUGUGUUUAGAUCCCGAGGCAGAAAAACAGUACCUGCAGAACCUCAGUGAUGUGCUUCUAUUUUUACUUCUUCCUCCAGAUGAUUUCCAGAACAAAUCAUUUAGAUAUAUUUUAAGGGAAGUGUUGGUCAAUGGUAUCUUCAUUCCCACCAUAGAAUUGUUGUCUGACCCUGACUAUGUAAACCAAUAUGUAUCCUGGUUGUGCAAAGAUGGCUCCUUCACAAAUGAGAGCUUUCUGAAUGUUAUUAAGUCUUCACAUUUGGUAGAUGAACUGGAGGCCGUGAAAGAAAUCACAGAACAGAACAUCGCCAAGUGGCGAUCGAAGGACACGGGAGGAGACGAUGACGCUGAAAUAAAACAAAAGCUGAACAGUUUGAUAUUUGUGAAGAAUAUAUGUGAAGGGAGAAUUAGACGCAUUAAGGAAGGAAGCUUAGAAGACAUGGAGGAAGCACCUGAUAUAUGCAGAGCCAAAAAUAUAUUUGUACUUAGUCUAGAUGAAAUUAUUGAAAAUAACAUUGCAUUAGCUGUAUUUAUAGAGUUUAUGACCAGUGUUUGUGGACAGCAGUAUUUAUUUUUCUAUUUAAAUGUCGAGGGUUUCCGCACAGCUGCAGGUCAGCAGAUACUGGCUGCCCAUCAGAGAGCCAUGAACGGCAUCUCCACAGAAGUGGAUCUGGAAUCUCUGCGGCGAGCAGCCAUGAUUAUACAUGACCAAUAUUUAUCUGAUAAGGCAUCAUCCAAAAUCAAAAUAGAAAGUGAUGUUGUGAAAAGGACUUUGCAGAAGAUAAAAAAUAAAUAUAUAUCUGAGGAUCUGUUUGAUGAGGUCCAGUCUAAGGUGUAUCAAAUUCUCCAUUCUGAGCAGUAUUAUGAAGCAUUCCUUCAAAGCCAAGUCUACCUUAAAAUGUUGCAGGAAAUGGGAUUGUCCAAACCGGACAACCCAGAGGAUGGUGACACCAGCAGUCUUGACGAGGAUGCAUCUACAAAGUCGGUAUCAUCCAUGAGUAUGGAUGAGUGUUCCGAAGAUUCUUCAUUGCCAAGGUCAAGGUCAGGGUCACCUGUAACCAUGGAAACAUUUAUUACAGCCUUUAUAUCUCAGACAGGAAUCGUUAAGGAAUCUGACAAAAAUUCAGGGAAGACGUAUGCGGUUUUUGCCGUCCGCGCUACAAAGGUCUGCGGAGAAGAGGAGGACGUGUCCGAGACGUACCGCAGAUACAGUGACUUUCACGACCUACACAUGUUAAUCCAAGAAAAGUAUCCAGAUUUUCAGGGACCACCCUUGCCUGGGAAAACCGUUCUUAAGAAUAUGAACAAAGACUUCUUAGAGAAAAGGAAAAGGUCUCUCAAUGUCUACCUGCAGACUUUGAUGAAACCUGAGAUUUGGGCCAAAUACCCAGGAAUGAAGGACCUAGUUCUCAAAUUUGUUGCCCCGGGACUUUGGGAGAAACACAAAAGCGAACUGGCCAGAAAGGUGGACACAAUAGUGAAUCCAAUCAAGACCUCCGUGAAAACGGUGGGCAGAGCUGUGUCGACGGAGACCUUAGUGGACGGUCUGGGAAAAGUCUUCAAAAGUGAUCCCAAUGAUCGUAGAAUGUUGAACAGUGGAAAAGUAGCAGAUGGACUCGAUGUUGAUGCAGACAACAUCCCUUUGCGGGUCAUGCUUUUACUGAUGGACGAAGUAUUCGACCUACGAGAGAAAAACACCUGGCUACGACGUCGAAUCGUUGCCGUACUCAAGCAGCUGAUCAAGGUGACGUUCGGGGAUUCCAUUAAUAAGAAAAUUGUGGAUUAUGUGGAGCUGAUGACUUCUGCCGAGCAGAUGGCAGAGAACGUCCGAAAGUUCAGGGAUUCCUUCUGGCCUGGUGGCAGUCUAGCAGAGCCUCGUGCCCAGCGAGACAACCACACCAAAAUGAGGACGCGGGUGUUGUGUAAAGCUAAAAUGUUAGGAUCUGUCUCAGAUGACUUCCGACACUUAAUGGGAACAGAAACAAUUCGUGUCGGAACCAGUCGAAUGUUCGAUAUGUUUCAACAUCAGACUUUAAACAAACGAUUUGUGUACGUCUUUCUUGAGGGAGUUAUUAUUACACUGUUUCCACAAAAUAAAUUCGCAGAGCUGUUUCAGAGACUACAUUCCCGAUCUGAGAGGGUGGCCAUUCACUUAGCCAAAAUGAAGGAGGACAGCGAAAGUGCUGAAUCAUCCACUAGACGGAGACGCAGGUGAUUGUGAGAGGUACCUCACCAGGCAGAGGUGAUUGUGGGGGGGGGGGGGGGGGGGGUUACCUCACCAGACAGUGGUGGCCGAAGUGAUUGUGAGGGGUACCUCAGUGACAUGGAUGUCAUCCAGAAACUAAUCUGUGAUUGUCCACCAUUGUCAAAAAAUUACUGCAAUAUUAUUCAAACCUCAGAGAUUUCAAAUGUCAAACCAGUUGUGAGGGGCUGUUUACGGGGGGGGGGGGGGGGUUGUUACCACCAGUGAUCCAGCUGUAUAGGCCCUGACAAGUUUGAGCGGGGAAUGUGACUUUGUAGCCAUGCUAAAAGCUAAUUUACUUUGCUUGGUGAACUCUGGAGAAAGAUUGGUAGCUAUGACAUUGACCCCAGUGAUCUGACUUAUUACAGGGUGGUUAGAGGUGGUACAACGUAAUGGCAGAGAGUUCCAUAACUGGGUACUUUUUUCCAAGUUUUCCAAUUAAGAAAACCAUGUUAAUUUCAAGGGAACAUGCACUAAGUGUGCCAGAUCAGACUUGCUUUUCCUCAUCAAUCGAUUCACACUGUACGUAGAUCAGAAAGUAUCAUCUGCAAUUUCAAUGUAUUCAAAAAAUGGUGGACGUGGAAAUACUGUAGUGUCUUCAACUCCAUAAAAAAUCAUUUUCUUCAGUAACAUUAUGUUUUCAACAGAUUUCUUUCAAAGUAUUAUCUUGAUAAUUUUGUGUCAUUUUUUUAUUGUGUAAUAGUAAAGGGUUGAUUUCCAUCAAUAUACUGCAUGGGGAAAAAAGCUAUACACGAGGAGAGUUUUUUAUGAGCUGUACUUCUGUACAGUGGACAUGGUGGAUGAUAUUUUAUUUAAAUGAUUAUUGUAUAUUGUAAAAGUAGUUAUUUACGCUGGGGGUUAAGUACGCGUUUUUCCAAUUCCAACAUUAUGCGUUGGGGAAAAAUAUGUAGUAACUGAAUAUAAUAUAUAUUAUAUCAAAUAUAUAUAACUAUAAAUGAGGGGGAAAUUUACAUUCUUAUUACAUGCUCAUGUAAUUAGUGUAAAUUUCCCCCACGCGUAAAUAACCACUUUUACAGUAGAUAAGUGUACCUAAUUAAACAAAUGGAUCAUACAAAAUGCCAUCAAUUUAUAAAGAUCGUAAAAAGUAAUGAAAAUUUUGCACAUGGUUAGAAAAGAGAUGUGACUAGCGUUUGGGGAAGUUAAAUCAUCUAAAUGUGCAUGUUCCUUGACAAUUGUUAAAAUGUGAAUUUCUGACUGUGAUACUGAGUGUAACUGGCCAUUUUAUUUAUUAUGUUGCCAAGAUUAUGUACAAUUAAAUGAAUUUUUUUUUCAUUGUUAUCAUGCCAUGUAAUUUAUGUAUAUUUAUGAAUUAUGAAUGUGUUACAUGAUGCCAAGCAAAUUUUAAAAAUGCAUAUUGAUUGAUAUUACAGAACACAAUCAUGUACAUAUUUCCACAUUAUGUAAAAUGUUUUAAAGACAUUGAUGUGAUAUGGAGGGAGUAAUAUCCAAAUAAAUGUAAAUGUAUGUUGUUAUGACAGGACUUUGACAAGGGGCUUGUUUCAUUUCUUAAGCUAGCUUUCUAUUUCUAAAUUACAUGUAUAUUUUAUUUUCCAAUAUAUUUAUAUGAGACCAUGGUAAAAAAAAAAAUUCAUGGUGUCUCUUUGUAUGUUUUUCCAUAGAUGAUGAGAUUUUAAUAGGAUUACAUUAAUUUUGUAAAACUUGAACCGUUAUAAGUAUUAUUCUUUUAAAACUAUCUUUAUGCAUCAAAAUAUUAGAUAGUGUUUCCAUAAUUUGAUGCAUAAAUAGAGGUUCUGUAACUCUUUGUGGGUUGCUUAUUUGCACCGAGUCAGACAUAAAUCUAUUCUGUAGUCUAGCUUCUCUACACUUCGUCCAAUAAUAGAAAUAGGUCAAUAUCUAUGUACAUGUAUUAGUGGGAUGGAUGAUUUUCAGCGGGUAUUAAAUGUACCACUUUUUUUUUUUCAACCUGUUGUGGUCAUGAACAUCUUCUCCAUGUUGUGUUUCAGUGGGCUGGAUUUAUGCCCCAUGAUUGACCACAGUAUUUAUGUAUAAUUGGUAGACAAGGUUUUGGGGUCUUUAGUCUUUGAAUAGGCAGGGCUUCUCAAUAUCAGUUUGAGUAAGUGUUCUAUAAGGUUGUGACCUUGUUGCUUCAUCAUUGUUCAAUCAUGACAGAAAAUUCUCAUUCACUGCACGUAAUUAAUUCGUUAUACUUAAUCCUGACAUAAGGUGAUCGACCAUAUAAGUACAUUGUGGGCGGCAAAGAUGAGAAGUAUUGUUAGACUUAUUCCAGAUAAUUUAAAGCUUAGGUCAAGAGUAGAGAGGACAAAACUCUUAUUUAUUAAUUAUUUUUGUUGUUUUUUUUGUUUCGUUUUUUUUUAGUAUUUUGAUGUAAGUUGUAUGGCUCCUGUAUGUAUAAAACAUUACGUACUUUCCAUUUAUUUUUUUUUACAACGUGAACGCUCUCUGAUUAUGGUUGUUGUCUUCUCAUUGAUGUGAAGUUGUAGUUAAGACAAUCAUAUUUCCCCCAACAUUAAGAACUCCAUACCUUUCAUGAGAAAUCUUGGUUAAGAUUACAAUUAGCCAUUUCACAGAUAUAUGCAUAUAAAUCGAUCCUUAAUGAAAAAAGUUUUUGUUUUAAAUUUAGCGACUGGACAGGAGAUUAAUUUAUACAAAUGGUUCUCGAGUUGAUCUCGAUUAUCUAAGAAGUUUAUUAAUUUAGCAUACUCAGAAGACUGAGAUAUGCCAUUUUAAAGAGUGAGUAUGCUAAGUUCAAAUUUCAUGUUUUAGUGGUAAAUAGCUGAUGAGCAUCAAGGUUUGUAAAAUUCUACAUCAGCUUUCCUUUUAUUUGUUCAUUCAGUCAUGUAUCAAAUAAUUACAUACUUUCAUUUAAGUUAUUGAAAUUAAAUGAUAUGCAGUCAAUAAAAUACUUUAAGCUUGA